GCGACCGCGAUCUUCAUUCACCGUGCCAAGGGCAGCACGACGACAGCCAAGUCUCAAACGUUCCUCCAACAGCACGCAUCAUGACCGCCAAGACGACGACCUCUACAACCACCGGGACUCCUGGCGCCCUGAAGCAGCCCCCCGCGCUCUACUCGUGGUGCGACGCUUCCGCGGCGACGACAACACGCCGACCCGUGGUUCCCGUUCCAACUCGCGCGAACAAGCCGUCGGCACGGCCAAUCCAGCGCCAUACUCGACCCACGAAACAAGUUAUGCCUCCGCGAAACGCGAUGAAGCGACAGCAAGAAGCCAUGGCUAAUACACGAGCGACUAUGUUGAACCGAAGUGGGGUGUCCCAGACUGUGACGGAUACAAUCAUCCAAAAGGCCAAGUUCGCCUCGGCCUUCCUUGGUGUCGUGCCCAAGCUCAUGUGAGCUCACUCCUCAUUAUGCCUGACAGCCCCUCUUCGAACAGAUUGACCUCGAGGGGCAUGCAUGAACAUCCAUGCCUUCGUCUUACCUUAUUGCCCUAAUUUAACCCCACGUUUGCGAUUCA